CGCGACGUCGGCGGACGCAACGCGCCGCCCCACCACACGACGACGCUCGUCGCGUCGGGGGACUCCGGGUCGGGCCCCUCGGAGAUGUCCCACUUGACCUCGAGGCGGUCGCCCUCGUUCAGGUCGAGGUCGCGACGACGACGGGCGGCGGCGGCGCGAUGACCGGCGUCUCUUGGCUCGCGCCGCCGAGCGCCAUCGCGAGCGCGUCGUCCGUGGACUCCACGGAUCCCGCGCGCGGUCUCGGCGCCGCGCGCGCGGCGUCGCCGUCCGCGUCCGCGGACGCCUUUCGAACGGCACCCGCGGCGCUCGGGGCGUCGUCUUUCGUGGUUUUCGCGUCCGUCGCCUCCACGGCCGCCGCGGGCGCGGCCUCGCCGGGGUUCGUCGCGUCGUCGUGGGACAUGUUGCGCGCGUGGAGAAUCUCGCGAAGUGCGUGCGCGACGCCGCGCGAGUUUGCGGUGCGGGACGCGACGCGUGCGCGGGCGGGACGCGCGGAGCCUUUUAAAAGAUGGCACCCGCAGCUCAGGUCCGCAGCUCUCGCUCGCGGCGCGUGGUGUUCGAUUAAUUUUUCGACAGCUCCGAGAAACCGUUGCUCCCACCGCGGCGAGGCACUACGCAGCGCGCGCACGCACGCCGCACGUCCUCGUUCGCGCCGCGAACGCGCGAGGGAUCACGCGUGA